UAUCUUUCAACUUUCACCCUUUCAGCACAAUCUUUGAUAACAUUUUCAUUCAAAACCUUUCCAAUUGUGGCCACCCCAACCAAAACAUGGCCGCCGCCGCCACUGCCGCUGCAUGAUGAUGAUCAUCACCACCACCACCCCACCAGCGGCAUGUUAGGCCUCCAUAACGUCUUCCUUAUAGAUCCACAACCACCAACAACAUCACAGGAGAACCACCACCACCACCACCACCAACAACAACAGCCUCCCCCGCCGCCGCCGCCGCCACCACAACAAGCCUUUUACCAUAACUACAACUUGACUAACACAAAUAUUUGGACUUCAAAGAGGAGCACGGCAACGACAGAUGGAGUCUUGACUAUUGUCGAAGAAGACGAUGAAGAAGACGGCGGCGGCGGUGGUUGUUUUAAGGUGUGUAGAGACUGUGGGAAUAGGGCGAAGAAGGAGUGUCGAUAUAGCAGGUGUAGGACUUGUUGCAAGAGUAGAGGCUACGAUUGCGCUACUCACGUGAAGAGCACGUGGGUGCCUGCUGCUCGGAAAAAAGACAGGAAGGUGGCGCUGGUUGGGAUGGAGGACGGCGGUGGGUCUUCGGGGUCCUCCACUUGCAGUGGUAAAAGGCAAAGGGUUUUGAACUUCACUUCAAAUGCUGCUUCCAAGUCUUUGAAUUUUGAAGAUGCCACUUCUCACCAGGAUUCAAGAUUUAAAGAAUCGCUACCGGGUCAAGUACGAGCGCCGGCUGUUUUCAGGUGUAUUCAGGUGACGGCCAUUAGUGACGGCAAGGCGGAGGUUGCUUACCAAGCUACUGUGAAUAUAAGUGGCCAUGUGUUCAAGGGGUUCCUAUAUGAUCAUGGAGUCGAUGUGAAAAAUGUGUUUCCCUGUAUUUCAAAAGUCAUUUUCGAAAACAGCAGCAACGGAAGGGAUGGGGAGAGGGAUUCUUCUUCACAAAUCGUCGAUCCACCAAACACCUUCUUGGUGUCUGGUGACCGACGGUCGGUUUAAGGUGACGAACAAGAUUCAAUCAAGCCAAGUUUGGUUGAAUGCACAUUUAUUAUAUACCAUUCACAGAGUUCAUGCUUUAUUUUAUCUUUAAGAGAAAGGUUGCAUCUAUCGAGAUUUAAACUCAUGACUUGUUCGAUGCUGCCGCGCUACAGACCUUGCAAUGAAGGACAGUGGUACUUCAGCAUAAUUUUGGUCAGUCAUAAGCACUGCAAAUUUGCUUUUGCUGUUCUGAAUCCAGGUCAGUUGCUCCCCGUCCUCGAUAACAAGUCUUCGUAGAACGAUUUCAGUUG